AUGUCUGGUUCUUAUACUGAGCAGUUGAAUCAUUCGUCACCAUCUAGUGAAUUGACAAGCUCAAAAAUACUUACUAAUAGAAGUAAAGACAAUGUAUUAGAAAAAAUUGAUGAUCUAAAACGAUCACAUAGUCGUAAGCGUUUUGAAUAUGAACGAGCUCCAGUUUAUGGAGAAAUAAUUGAAAAAAAUGGUAUAAGAGAACGGUUUAAUGGCAGCAUGUUUCGACGUAUGUGCUCAAAAUCUAAUUGUACUUAUCAUACAGCAAGAUUAGGUUUAUGCAAGAAACAUUUAUUUGAAACACAAAUUCAAAAUCAUCCAACAACACCCUCGUUGACAAUGACAUUCACAAAAGCACUGAAAGGUGAAAUUCGAAUGAUGAAUAAUGGAAUAAAAAUGAAAUUUGAUGGAAAAAAAUUUCGAAGAAUUUGUUCUGAGAACAAUUGUAUAUUAUUUAUAUCCGGUCGGUAUUAUAGCAGCCGUCUAUGUCCAAAACAUUAUAAUCAAACAAAGUCUAAACAUCCACAAAAACUUGUUCAAUCAACAUCCACAACAAGAACACAAACACAACGUAGACGUACACCCGCAUUAAAACGAACAAAAAAACAUUCCGUCAUGCCUGUGAAUAUGAACGACCCCAAUCUAAAACACCCGAAAGCAGGAGAUAUUACUGAUAUGACAGAUGGUACACGAAGAAAAUACAGUGGAGGAGCUUGGCGACUACUAUGUGUACGUCAAGAUUGUCCUUGUUUUGCUGUUUCUCGACGUCAAUGUCGAAAACAUGGAAAAGAAAAAAUAACUAAAGCAGUAAUUAGUGAAACACAUCAAAUUACUGGAAAUCAACCGUUAAUAUCAACAUCAGCUUUGACAGUAACAAGUACAAACACUUCCACUAAUUCAGUUCUACAUCCAAACAAAGGUGACAUACAAGUACUUCGACAAAUGUUUGAUGGUCGUUCAUGGCAUUCACUUUGCCGAAAUAGUACAUGUUUAAAACGAGCGACACAGAAUAGUGGCUUUUUAUGUGCUGCACAUCUUAAAGAAGCACGAAGAAUUGUUAAUGAUGAUACAAGAAUACCAAGACGAGGAAGAAAACGAAAAAUGGGUAUUAAUACAAAUGAAAAUGAUUUGACCGAGAUCGGAUAUAAUUUGAGAAAAGUUCAAAAGUUGAGAUUAAAUGGUGACACCGUUUGUGAUCAGCAUGAAUUUGUUUUAUCGUUAAAUACUCUGGAUGAACAACAAUCAACGAUUCGUACAAAUUCAGCAAUAGAUAAAUCUAAACUAAUCGAACAGUCUGCUCAAACUGAUAUAACCUAUCCAUACCAAACUCAAGCAGAAACACAUCUCGUAUUGAUCGAUGAUGAUGAUGAUGAUGAUGAUGAACAAUCGACGUUGACAACAGCUCAGUUUCCACUUUAUUUAAAAAAAGAAGAGGCAACUGAUGAACAUUUAAUAUUACCAUCAACAACUACGCCAACAAUUCCUUAUUAUCCUUAUCCGGAUAUUCAAGAAUUAAAACCAACACCUGAUCUUAAGUCAGAAUAUUGA